AUGGGGAACUCGCGCAGGUUCCACACCAAAACCCGCAAUGGAUGCACCAACUGCAAAAAGCGGCGCGUGAAGUGCAAUCUGCAAGCUCCCCAGUGCCACCACUGCAAACGAAGGGGGGAAGAUUGUAGUUUUCAAUUCAAAAACGACGAGGAAAAUGACGACGAGGAAUGCCAGGAUAGUGACGGAAAGGUUGCUGGCGAGAGCGACAGUCUAUCGCUGGCUCAAAAUGAACGCGGCAGCAGCAGGAGAAAAUCCUCAGAGCUGCGAUGGAUGGAGCCGUCCGUCUGGCCAGCAUUGGACAUCCAACAGUCAGAGCUACGAUGGCAGUACCAGCAGUCAACCGGAUCCACGCUAGCUCUUUUAAAGGAAGACCCGCGGCGUGUACAGCUGAUCUGGAAGGGCGAAGUGCCGAUGCAGUCGGAGCACAAUUCAUGGAUCGACCAUUGCACCAUGGCAAUAUCAGCGCUACACAUCUGCUACCUGAAUCCCCCUAACCCUAAGGACUACUACACCGCCGCUUUCAAAAACUAUCGCAGCGCCGUCGUCGCUUUUCCCAAAGCCGUGCAAGAAAUGAACCCGGAAAACUGCGUAACCAUCCUCUCCUUCUCGCUCAUGGUUCUCAUGUUUCAGCUGGGCAUAUCGUGUGUGCCUGGCGCCGCCCCGAUGACUAACGGACUACCUGUGGCCGAUGCAUAUAAUGCCAUUUCGGCUCUGCGCGGCACUUGGUCGCUCAUUGACCAGCUCGGUCCACAUCUCCAACAGAGUAAGCUGAAGGAGCUCUUUACCCACCGUAAACACCUCCGCUUCGAAGCCCUGGACGAAAACCACGAAAUUGCUUUAUCCCAUCUGCGGCAGCUCAACGAGACCUCGGGCUUUGGAGUCCGCCGCGAAGAAGAUCGCCAGAAAUGCGCCCAGGCCAUCACCGUGCUGCGCUUCUGGUACUCCAUCCUGGCGGCCCAACUGCCGACAACAUGGCUGCUUGUCCUGUGGUGGCCCGCCGGGGUCGCCCCCGAAUUCCUCACCUUGCUACGCAGCAAGGAUCCAAUGGCGCUGGUGAUAUUCUGCCACUGGUGCGCUGGCAUGUACCGUAUCCCGUCACCGUGGUUUCUGGACGGUUGGGCGAAGCGGAUGCUCAGCGCUAUGCUGAACCUACUAGAUGCCGACUGGCUGUCGGCCGUGCAGUGGCCGAUCGACGAGGUCUUCCAUUCGCAGGGCGACCAGCUAGCGAUAGAGAGCAACGUCCAGACUAUAGAAGCUAGUACAUGA